CCAAGAUCACAUGGCGAUCACAUUGCCAUAUAGCAGCAGCGGAUUGCGCAUCUUGUCUCCUUCUACACACCUCUUUCUCCUUUCUGUAUAUAACACCUUCACUUCAAACCAUUCAUACCCAUCAUCCGAUCAAGAAAAUCCAUUGAACCCAACCAAUUCAAAAUCAACACCGCCAAAUUAAAGCCGCCAUGGCCACUUCCUUCUCCUCCUCAAAAUCCAAAGCUCUGGGCAGCGCAAGAUCAAUCAGUUUACCCUCCAGAUCCCACCCCACCACCGCCAAAACCGAAGAGGAACUCAACAAGCUCAAAUCCUGGGAAACAACCUCGGCAGAAUCCUCCGACGCCGAGGUAAUCUGCGCCGGUCUCCACGCCUUAUCUGAGCUCCAGAAAUCCGUGGAUUCUCUCCUCACCUCGCCGCACACAAUCCAAGCUCUGUCCCGCCACGAAAAAUGGGCGGAUCAGUUGCUGGAAAACUCUGUAAAGAUCCUCGACAUCUGCGGGACGACCAGGGAGAUUGUUUCGCAGUUUAAGGAAUCUCUCUGGGAUCUCCAGUCCUGCCUGAGAAGACGAAAGGGAAAUCAUCUCUCCAACAAAAACAAACACAAUUCUUUGGUGAAACAGGGAGCCAGAAGAUUGAUCACGUCUCUGAAAAAAUUGGAUCAGGAAAUCUGGACCCCUGUCUUGUUAGAUUUUGAUGAUCACCAUGUUUGUGCUGUGAUUAGGGCUCUGAGAGAAUCCAGUUCCAUGGCCAAUUCUGUUCUGCAGAAAGUGUUGGUGUUCUUAUCAAUGGUGGCUUCAAAUUCAAAUUCAAAGGCGAAGGCAAGUAAAUGGUGUCUGGUUUCGAGAUUGGUUCUGCACAAGGGGGCUAUAGCUUCCCAGGAGGAAGAACAGUACAGGACGAAGAAGAUAGAUGAAUUGGAGAGGGUGGGAGCUCAGCUUGAAGGGAUAGAAAAUGGGUUGGAGAAUUCAUUUAGAGCCUUGAUUAGAUCAAGAACCUCUCUUCUCAAUGUUAUCUCAUGCCAUUGAAGUUUUCUAUCACAAAAUUCUCCAUAAGCAUCCCAGAUUUUAAGAGCUGUGCUUAUGAAUUUGAAUGUACAUACAUGAUCAGUUUUGUAAUUAAAGAAAAAACUAUGUGCAAAUACAUAUUGUAAAGUUUUUGCUCCAAA